UAGGUAUCCAUUAUUUGAUCUUUUGCCCAUAAAUUCAUCUGUUUGUACUUGCCCGCCAGUGUGACUCGCUCGGUAGCAUUGUAAUAUUCUCAUACGACAAGCGGAUUACUAUUUCAUAAUGCGUACAUCUGAUUCGUUGGAUAAGUGUAAUGCAAAGUGGUUUGUCGUUCACAUCAAUAAAUUGCAGUUAAAAUACUCGACUAUUAACAACACCUCCGACAAAUAUAGGUAAAGGUAGUAUCCCCCAUAACGAAAUGGAUUUAAGGCGUCGCGCGGGUAAGCUACAAGGUCAAGCACAAAUGAAAAUGCAACAGCGCCCGCUCUGAAGAAAGGUCUGCCAAAGGGAGAGGUAUAAAAGUUGACGGUGGUGGCAAGCAGCGGUCAGAAGUGACAUCAGCCUGUCAUAGUAGCCGCAGACAGAACAUCGCACAUAGGAAAAUUCUGUUGCCAUUGAAGAAGCACAAACUCUAAGUCUAAAAAGACGCUGAGUCAGCCUUUAAUUAGUCGCUAUGAGUAUUUUUGUGACGCUUGUUUUCGCUGUAUCAAUGGUAGUACUGUGCACCGCAGGACACUUCCGUGGCGGAGGAGGUGGCCAGGAAGGCUAUGAAAAUUAUGGCCCGCCUCAACCAUACCAGUUUGGAUACACUUCACAGGAUGCUGAAGGAACCCAUGGCCACAGCCAGAGCUCGGACGGUAGGAGAGUGCAGGGCCAUUAUGUGAUACAGUUGGCCGACGGACGGAGUCGUAAGGUUGAGUAUCACGCCGACGAAACCGGAUUCCAUGCGAAGGUGGUAACCAACGAACUCGGAACAGAAUCGAAGGAUGCUGCCGAUGCCAUCUACCAGUCGUCGGCUCUCACUGGUGAACAGGCCGCAUUGCAGUACGGAGCGGGACCUAGAGCCUCGUUUGGAAGUGGACACCAUGGAGGACGACCUUAUUCGGGUCAGACUAAGUGGUAGAUCAACUCGACGGCAAGGCACUUAUAGCAGACAACUGCAAGAUAACCAAGAAUGACUAUCUGUAUAUAGGUUUUACCUAAGCUGCUAUUUAUUAUAGUUUCUUUCUUAAAAUAAACUGUGCUUUACGUAUCUUUCUACUUGUGUGUCUUCAUGUUUGUAUGCUAGAAUUAACAACGAUUACAGAUAUUCAUAACUUCGAUCGGUUAACAACAGCCAUUGCUGAAGUAGACUACUAGUAAUGAGUAAAACUUAAUUAACUUUAUGUAAAAGUGAUCAUGUUUACAUACGCGUCAGUUCAAUACUCUUAUCGAUUAUAAAAUAAUU